AUGGGAAACAUUGUGGGAUACCGCUCCGUUGUCUACUUUGUGAACUGGGGCAUUUACGGACGAGGAUUCAACCCGGCCGAUCUCCCGAUCGAUAAGCUGACACACGUCCUCUACGCAUUUGCCAACAUCCGCCCGGAAACUGGAGAAGUUUAUCUCUCCGAUACCUAUGCUGAUCUCGAGAAGCAUUACCCGGGUGACUCCUGGAGUGAGCCAGGCAAAAAUGCCUACGGAUGCGCGAAGCAGCUCUUCCUCUUGAAGAAGCAGAACCGCAACCUCAAAGUCCUCCUGUCCAUUGGUGGAUGGACAUAUUCCACAAACUUUGCUCAACCUGCCAGCACUGAUGCUGGAAGGAAGAAGUUCGCCGAGUCAGCCACCAAGCUCAUCCUUGACAUGGGCUUUGACGGCAUUGAUGUUGAUUGGGAGUACCCCAAGGACGAGACGGAGGCCAACAACUUGGUCCUGCUCCUAAAGGCCUGUAGAGAGACCCUCAAUGCGGCUCAAAAGAACCGCAAAUUCCUCCUCACGGCUGCUGUUCCAUGUGGCCACGUCAACUACGAGAAGCUCAAGCUUAAGGAUAUGAGCGGCCAGCUAGACUUCUUUAACCUUAUGGCCUAUGAUUUCGCUGGAGCUUGGGACAAGAACGCGGGACACCAGGCUAAUUUGAGGCCCUCGAAGUCGAACCCCACCAGCACUCCAUUCUCAACUUCUGCUGCAGUCGACUACUACACCAACAAUGGUGGUGUACCAAAGAGCCAGAUUGUUCUGGGAAUGCCCCUAUACGGACGCGCAUUCACCAACACUGACGGACCCGGCAAACCCUUCGAGGGCGUUGGCCAGGGAAGCUGGGAGAAUGGGAUCUGGGACUACAAGGUUCUCCCCAAGGAUGGAGCUACCGAGCAGAUAGUUGACGAGAGCGGUGCCUCCUACAGUUAUGACAAGGCCAGCCGCACCAUGAUCUCCUACGACACCGUUCCUAUGGUCGAGGCGAAGACCAAGUGGGUUAUCGAUAAUGGCCUUGGAGGUGGAAUGUGGUGGGAAGCUAGCGGAGAUAGGGGUGGUAAAUCUGCCACCAAGGCCGGCGGAAGCUUGAUCGCCACGUUCGUCGACGGUGCGACUGCCAACGGCCAGAAGGGAUUGGAGAAGUCCCAGAACUCGAUCGACUAUCCAGAGAGCCAGUACGAUAACGUGAAGAAGGCCUACUCCUGA